AUGGCAUGGACGAUGAAUGCCGUUUUAUUGUGUCUUGCGUUGACGCUAACUUCAGUCAAGUCUAAUAUUAAGAAAGCUGAAAAGUAUGUAUAUCACGUCUCACAUGCCAUUAGGCUGUUAUUCUUCGAACCCAAGGAGUUUUACGUAGUCGGAGGUACAUUUCGGGAUGACCCUCUAUUGCCGCCAGCCGGUAUGCCUUUCAAGUGUGGAAAAGUAAGGACAAACAAAAUUAUUAAAGGAAGCCACACAAGAGAUACCGUCUUUUCCUUGAAUCGUCAGUCUUGGUCCACGAAAGUUAGCACCAAAUGGUACGAAGCGAAUUAUAACGUGACUUUUGGUCGAUCGAGACGACAUGCGUAUUUUAACUACAUGAAGUUGUACAAUACAUUUGGAAACAAAACAUUUAGAGGAUCGAUGUAUCUCUUGUUGUCAGACUUCUGGUCAUGCGCUCUUUUUUACCAUAGAAAGUCAGAUAAAGCUAAAUGA